GAAUAAAGUCAGAAUUCCGACUUUAUGGCGUGGGGUGGCGGAGGGAGAGUCAGUGUGGUGUGGUUUUGACCAGAGGGACAUUAUGUCGUAAACGAGUGACUUUUUGCGUGCCAGAGGAUUGCCGGAGGACAUCAUUUCACACUUGGAGGAGCAGGGGAUAAAGUGACUGAUGGAGGGUGCAACUCAACCAGUGCCCGAAAAGCCGGAUUUGGAUGACUUAAUCAAGCUAUGCUUUAGACUUGCAUUCAGCAACAAGGAAAUACUUGCAGUUUUAGCACAUGAUGCUCAGACUAUUAUAAGUAUUAGGACUCUGAAGAGAACUUGUAAAAGACUUGGUCUGUUCCGAAGAAAGAAUCAGUCGGACCUGGGAGAUGUGUUGGCUUUUGUCCAGCAUGAAAUCCUGACUUGUGGCCAGAUGCAAGGUUAUCGCUGGCUUCAUCUACGUGCGAUUCAAAAAGGAUUUGUUGUCUCACAAGAUACAAUAAGACAAAUUAUAAAAUUGGUUGACCCAGUCGGCGUGGAAUUAAGAAGAGCACGACGCCUUAGAAGACGCCAGUACAGCUGCAGAGGCCCAAAUGCUCUUUGGCACAUGGAUGGCUAUGAUAAAUUAAAACCCUAUGGGAUUUGCAUCCAUGGUUGUAUUGAUGGGUUUAGCCGGUAUGUGUUAUGGGCAGAGGCCUAUAUUACAAACAAUGAUCCCAAGGUGAUUGCAAGUUAUUUUAUCAAAACAGUUUCGCGCAUUGGUGGAUGUCCAGAGAGGAUCCGUGCAGACAGGGGCACAGAAAAUGGUUGUGUUGAACAGAUGCAAGUGUUUUUGCGACAAAACCACUCUGACAAUUUUGCUGGGGAGAAAAGUUUUCUUUACGGGAGAAGUACUGCCAAUCAGCGCAUUGAAGGGUGGUGGUCCAUCCUUCGCAAACAGAGCGCACAGUUCUGGAUUAAUUUAUUUCAAACUCUUCAGGAGGAUGGUCACUACACAGGAGAUUUUCUGGAUAAAAGUCUUAUCCAGUUCUGCUUUCUUAAUCUUGUGCAGGAUGAGCUGGAUGAAGUUGUGAACACAUGGAACUCACACAAAAUAAGACCAAGGUCGAACGGUGAUACAGCUUCAGGCCGGCCAGUCGUCAUGUAUUCAUUCCCUGCCAUGCACAGUGCCGAGGAUCGACUAAAACCCACUGGAAUGCAAGAUAUCACUGCGUGUAUGGAAGAGUGCACUCCAAAAUGCCAGUUUCCUUGCGAUGAAACUGUAUUUGAACUGUGUUGUCUGCUAAUGGAGGAAAAUGAAUGGCACGCUCCAUCAGAUCCAUUGCAUGCAAGUGACUUGUAUCUUAUGUUGAGAGAGGAAUUACUGAAGAUUGUUUGACAAGCGUAUUGAUGUAAUACAUAUAAACUCCUCAGAAAAAUAAUUUAACUGAUUUUUUUUAAUCAGUAGUCUGUAUACUCAGUUACUAUGUUUUUUUAGUCCUACAAUGCCUUCUUGACCUUUAAAUAUUCCUUAAUGACCCAAAUUAAACAGAAUAAUUCAUUGCAAAAUUGAAUUUUUUUUAACUAUGCUUACCGGAUCUAUGGUUAUUCUUUUCCAUUUGUGACUAACAAAAACCAAGAUGUUACAUUUUGCUUGAAAUGUCCUGAAUUUGACUGCUUAAAUAUGUAUUAAGUAUUAAUGUAUUACUUGUAUAUUAAAAAUUGUGUCUUUUCAUAGAAGGCAUCUGUACAACAUAAUACUUUAUUUUUAUAUACCAACAUUCAGGUGCAGUCUGGAAAUACAUAGUGGAUAAAGAGUGAGUUUAUUGAAUGCAAUAAAAUAUUACCACUCUUCA